UAAUGAUGAUAAAGUUCCAACAAUGCAGAUUUCCUGAACUUGUAUGGAUGUGUAACUAAUUAGCAUUUACAAAAUUAUACAUAGAUAAAAGGAUACCUGCCAAAAACCUUUAGUUCAGUUUGAUCAAAAUUUGUGGGAUUGUUCCUAACAAAAAAGAGGAAUACUAAGGGUAUAAGCGGACGCAGUCAUACUUUUACAAAUCAAAGGCUUUAAUGCAGUUAUGAUCCAGUCUUUUAAAACAUGCAUCAUGUAUAUAUGCAGAAUGACCAAAUUUGGUUAAAGGGGCCGUGCCAGCUAAAGUUUGAAAAGAAAUCACACAAAAAUGAAAUAUCACAUUUGAUAUAAAGCACCUAUAAUCUCCCCAAAUCCUAAUAUAUUAUUGGUGUUCUCGAUAUAUCAACAAAUACUAAACCGUCUCCUGGGUCAUGACAUUUUCCGGGACUUUCGUAACUCACUUAUCAAUAACAAAUUUGCACCCAUUACAUAUACUCUCAUCUACUUUACCAUUACUUACUUCAUAUUUUGUUCUCAUUUUGCGAGAUUGCUCUGUUUAAUGCUAUCGACUCUGCUCCAAAAUUUAAACUUUGGAGGAAGUCAAACGAAAGGAUCACCUGACAGUUCCAGAAUACAUUGCGGACAUUAUGAUUAUCGCGUUGUCAAGCUAGGAAAGUCCUUUCUCAAUGUACUUUACUGACAUGUAUUAGCGCAUUUCUUUAUGACAAAUAAGCGUUCAUGGAGUAAUAUAAGGAAAAUAUUACCUGUCAAUUUUAAAUUUUAAAAUAGUCUGACUUGCUUCAUUUAAGAUCGGACCGGAAAAGUGGUUGCAACGAAAAGUGUUGAAGAUUGAAGGUUGGACAGAAACAGUCCCCUCUCCUGUGAUAUAAGCUGUACAUUAUGUAGUGAAAUUCGCUUUAAGCCUGACAACAAUAAAGUUUAUUUUCACAUGAACAUAUACACGGGUACUAAACAGUGCCUGUGGUACCGCCUGUGCCGACGAGGAAUGAAGGCACUUCGCUUCCGGUACCGCAGGUACUUCGCCAAUGUUUACUAAACAAGCGAGAUCGAUUUUAAAGAAAAGCAUGAAGGAAACAGAAGGAAAUAGCCGCUGUAAUAGGAUCUUCAGAAAGAUACAAGCCAAUAGUAUCAAAGAAGACGACCUAGGAAAAGCCAAAUCCUUUCGAAUAUGUAGUUUACGACGGCCUCACAUGCGCGCCUUUCAUACGUCUUGGUUCUGCUUCUUUAUUGCUUUUACAGCAUGGUUUGGCAUUCAGCCACUUCUACCAACGAUAAGGAAGGAACUUGGUCUCUCUAAAAAAGAAGUUGCACGAUCCGGUAUUGCAAGUAUUUCGGCAACACUGGCUGUUCGUAUCUUUGUUGGUCCAUUGUGUGACAAAUUUGGUCCAAGACGAGUGAUGUCUGGUUUGCUGAUAGUAGGUGCCAUCCCUCUAGCGUUUUCUGGUUUAAUAAAAAAUGGAACAGGUCUAAUCAUAGUACGACUUUGUGUUGGUAUACUUGGAGGCUCGUUUAUACCUUGCCAAUUCUGGACAUCUGCUACGUUCAAUGUGAAGAUCGUUGGUUCCGCCAAUGCCUUUGUUGGAGGCUGGGGUAAUCUUGGAGGAGGGUUCACGUUCAUUAUUAUGCCUGCCCUUUUUAGAAAUGGUCAAGAUAUGCGGGGCGGAUGAAUUCCUUCCUUGGACAAUUGCUCUCGUCAUCCCAGCCGUUAUUCUCAUUGGAUUUGGCAUUCUUAUUCUUUGGACCUCGGAUGAUUGUCCACAAGGUAAAUGGUCGCUUAGGAAGCUUCCCGGAAUGGACAUCUUUGUUGCAGCAAAACCAGUUUAUGAAGAGGUUUCUUGUGUAGAUGAUGACAACGUUCAAUAUGCAGUUAAAACUAAACAGCAAGGGAUUGAUAACACAGACCUUGAACUGAAUGAAAAGCACACAGAACAUGGUUGUGGAAAGCAUUGGAUCUGGGACAAGAUCUGCUUGAUUGUAACGGUGGCAGUUCUUGCCAUCCAAUACGGUCUCUGCUUUGGUGUUGAAAUAGCCGUGAACACAUUUAUGAACUUGUACUUCAUGUAUAAAUUUGAAAAGGAAGAUUGUGAAGAAGGUUCACAUGACGUUAUGCAAACCAAUAACACCACUAACCUGACAACCGCCACAGUCUUUGCACCAUCAGAUGAUCCAAAUACAUGCAGUAUUUUAUCACAGAACUCUGCAAGUCUAAUUGCUUCCCUCUUUGGUUUGAUGAAUUUGUUUGCAAGAGCUCUGGGCGGAAUAUUUUCCGAUUUGUUGAGGAAAUACUUACAAAUCCCUGGUCGGCUACUGGCGCAAAUAAUAUGUAUGACUGCAGAAGGUGUAAGGCUGAUUGUAUUUAGCCGAAUGGAGACAAUACCUACAGCAAUUAUCUAG